CACUGAGUGUCUUCAUGAUGACCAUCAUCUCUCUGCUCCUGCUGGCCUCUCUGCUGCCACACCUGACCUUCACUGCUCGCGCGAAUGUGGGUAUAGUGAACGGCAGGGAAGCAAAACCCCACUCCAGACCUUACAUGGUGUCUGUUCAAUUUAAGGAGCAGCAUUUCUGUGGUGGAUUUCUCGUCUCUGAGAGAUUUGUCAUGACUGCUGCACAUUGCCGAAACAAUUCUCCAGUUCUGACGGUUGUGCUAGGUGCACAUGAGCUACAAAAAAAGAGCGGGAAUUUAGUCCGAAUCAAAGUGGAAUCGUACCAUCAGCAUCCAGACUAUUCCAGCAAAUCUUUUCAGAAUGACAUCCUGCUUUUGAAGUUAGAAAAAAAUGCACAACUAAACGACAAUAUCAAGUGGAUAUCCAUACCAACGGAAGAAGGCGAUAUCGAAGCAGGUUCUGUUUGCAGUGUCGCAGGCUGGGGACGUUUAGAAACUAAUGGCAAGGAAAGUGAUCGCCUCAUGGAGACAAAUGUGACGGUCAUGAAUAACAAUAAAUGUGAAAGCAAAUGGACGAAGGAAGACUUUUCAGCUUCACUGAUGAUGUGUGUAUAUGGAGAUGGAGGAAGCUGUGAGGGAGAUUCAGGGGGUCCUUUGGUUUGUGGAAACACUGCAGUUGGUGUCACAUCUUUUGGUGACCCUGAUCUCUGUAAUUCACCUGAGCUACCUGAAGUGUAUACUAAGAUUUCAGCAUAUCUUCAGUGGAUAAAAAGCAUAAUUGGAAAUGUUAAUUAACUCUUGCAGAUGAAAUGGGGUGAUUAUUUUUUUUUUUUUUAGUUGACUUUGC